AUGCAAAAUGGUCUUCAAGGAGACCCUUCUGAGUCCGUUGGACUCAACGGCUGGAUCUCACUAGCAGAGGGACAAUUCUGGCUUGCUGCAGGGUUGACGUGCACGGCCUUCCAAGUCCUCAAUAUCCAAGCGGUUGCAACCUUGUCGUGGGGAAGCCAAGAUACAAAAUUGGGUGUAUUUGCCGAUUGUAUAGCCAAAUACCCGCUUUCCGCUAAGAACGACGACGAGCUCUUCCUACUCGUCGAACUUGGGAUCGUCACUGUCAUGCCAUAUACACGGUGGUUUUUCACUAUCAACUUCAACGUUCAUUUUGGCGCAUCAGUUCAUUUGCAUGGACCACCUAUGGCGGGAUACGUGUUUGUGGACUGGAAUAUCAUCUCAUUUACAAUUCAGUUUGGUGACUCAGCACCUCAAAAUAAUCCAUUAUCAUGGGACAAGGAGUGGGCCCUGUUGAAGCAAAUUGAUAGCCCUGCUGGUGGUGGUGGUGGCAAUGACAAUGCUGCACAUGUGUUUGCAGCCACAGGCGGAUUUACAACUUCCCCAGCAGAUGCUGUUAGUGUCACGGAACAAAGAUGCAAUAUGGACUGUUUAACCUGGUCUAUUUGAGUUCACAGUCAAAUUGCUGGUCCCUAUUACUCAAAUCAACUACAAGAAUUCGGGAAAAAGACCU